AUGUUCAAAAGAGCAGUUUUCAACACUAGAUUUACUCCAAGAGUAACCAUCCAAACAAGAUUCAUCUCCAUUGAGAUUAGAGAUGCCAUUUCAGGCGCAAUUAAAGCAACACCAGUCGUGCUAUUCAUGAAAGGUACACCCGAGUUCCCCCAAUGUGGAUUCUCAAGAGCAACCAUUCAGACCUUGGGUCAACAAGGAGUCGAUCCAUCAAAAUUCGCUGCCUAUAAUGUUUUAGAGGAUCCUGAAUUGAGAGACGGAAUAAAAGAAUUUAGUUCAUGGCCAACUAUUCCUCAGCUAUAUGUGAAUGGAGAGUUUGUUGGUGGCUGUGACAUUAUCAUGAGUAUGGCUCAAAGUGGAGAGUUGGCUGAUUUCUUGGAUAAAGAAGGUGCGUUGAUUCCAGAAGAGAAAGGUGAGGUCGAGAGCGCCGAUGUUAAAGUAAAUAGAAAGUAG